AUGCGAGCGGUUUCGUUAGCAGCGGAUCCGGCGUGCACGCACCCACCCACCCACACACACACACACAUAUAUACUCCUAUAUAUGUGUGUAGGGGGUUUGUGUGUGUGACGCCGCAAUGGCGCACGGAACUGUUUAACGUUGUUCUUCUGUGGAGACGCGCACAUACUUCCCUCCUUUCUGCUGCGUGCUUGUGUCCAUAUGCGCAAGCGUCUCCGUCCUGCCUCCAUGCGUCUUUUCUUUCUCGGCUGCCACGUCUCUCUCUCUCUCUCUCACCCUGUUCCUGCCUCCACCCCCACUCUACCGGCGUCUUUGCCUACAUCGUAUUCCUUCGUUGUCGCGCGGCGACCCAAAACACAUCGCCUGUUUCCAGUUGUGUCGUUCGAUUGGUUACCCGGGACUUGUGCGCCCAGUCCCCCACCCCGCCCCUCCCCGCCCUCUGCGGACACCGCAACCUCGUAUCGCUCCACCGGCGAAAGACGCCGCGGCUGAAGAGACGUGUGCGAACACAAGCAACGCAACGCAGCGACCACCGGAGUUCGCUCAUCAUGCCGGUCUUCCACGCUGUCAUGAGCGUGAAGGAGUCGGAGAGGGUCGAGCGGAUCGCGCCUGUCAAGAACCGCGCGUGGGGGUUGCGCUUUCAAUGCGCAUCGUGCAACGAGGAGUCGACUGGGAUGAUGUACGUCAACCAGACGGAGCAGCACGAGCGCGACGGCGGCAUGCACAACUUUGUAUCCAAGUGCAAGCUCUGCAAGGCGGACAUCACGGCCGACGUGCUCCCUGUUCCGGCGGGCACCGGCUACUAUAGCGCGGAGGAGGAAAACCCGGCCAACGUGAUUGCAGCCUUCGAGGUGCGCGGUGGCCGGCCAGUGGAGCUGGAGAUCGACAACCAGUGGAUGAUUGUCACGGCCGGCGGUGGCUUGUUCGAGGAUGUCGACCUGUCGCAGGAGUGGUACGACUAUGAUGAGAGCUCGCAGGCGACCGUGAGUGUAGCAGGCGUGUCAGUAGACUUUGAAAAGUCGAAGAAGAAGUGA